AUGCGGGCCGUCCUCGAGUCAGAGCGCGCCAUAUGCACGGCUCGACUGCUCGCCGCUGCACUGUUCGCGUGCGCGCUGGGCCUCGCGUCCGACGCGCUUACUGGCGCCGUGCAGCCACCGCGUCUCGUGGGGUCGCCGUCGCAUCACCACGUGACUGCGGCGCCAGUUCGCGUGCGAGCGGCUGCGAGUCUAAUCGCGGCGGCUGUGAGCGGGGGGACGGGGGAGCGGCACGCGGCUGCGCUGGCAGGCGCAGCGUUGAGUGGCGCCCUCGCGCGCCUCUAUCGCCGCCGCCAGGCCCCUUCUCUGCGCGCUGACCCCGCCUGCCGUCCCGACUCCGCGCACCGUUUCAUCCCCCACACACCUCUCUCGUUGCCCGUCCCCGCAAGCAAUACCCCUCCGCUGCAGGCGCAAUGCGCGGAAGAAGGGCCGAAAUGCGAGGAUAGUAGGGCUCCGCUCUUCCCCAUACUCGAAGGUAGCGUACCCCUUUCCCGCCAUAAAACCUCUCCCCAUUCCAUGGGAUUUCCCCCUCUUCACCUACCCUUACCCCUUCCUAUGCCACCACUCUUACCCUGCCCGUGGUGCCCGUUGUGCCCGUUCACAACGUCCACCCCUCGCGCAGGCGUGCUGGACGCCGCGCUGCUGCACCUCAUCGUCGCCGCCGCCACGCCUCUCCUCCCCCGCCUCCCCUGUCCGACCACCCUCACCCCCCACCCUGCCCACCCUUCUCCCCUCAUGGCUACGGCCCUCGCGCCACCCGCCCUCGCGCUCGGCCGCCUGCUGCUGCUGCUCGCCGCCACAGCCGCCGCCACCUCCUCAUCCUCCUCGCUCCUCCCCAUUCUCCUCCUCGCGCGCCCCCCCUUGGCCCCCCCCGCGUUCUGGCCGCGCGCCCUGCGCCUGCUGCUGGCGGACUUCGUGGCGCUGCUGCUCGGCGCGCUGCUGCUGCCCCUGGCGCUCGCGCCUGCUGCGCCACGCGCGCACACGCAAUGGGAGGGGGAGGCACGGCAGGCGAGGGGGGAGGAGGGCACGAUGGGGCAGACGCAGUCUGGAAGGGAGGGGGGACAGAGGGGGGGUGCGGAGGAGAGCGAGGGCAUGGCGCAGGGAGGUAGUGGGGAAGGCAGUGGGGAAAGUGGAUGGGCGGAGGGGCUGUACGUUAAGGAGGGGGCGGCGCAUGGCAGGCGUGGGGGAGGCGUGGCGGCGAGCAGUGGGGGCGGAGGGGCAUGGGGCAUGGCGGUGCUGUGCGGUGUGGUGGCGGGCAGCUGUGGUGCUCUCCUCUCAGGCGCUCUCUCCGCCUCCCAUGCCGCCCCCCUCGCCGCCCUGCUCGCUCCCACUCUCCUGUGCUGCGCCGCCCACUCGCCACGCCACCUUGCAGCCGCCACACUCGCACUGUCAGCAUCAACCCUCUCAGCCGCGUCAGCAGGGUUGGGCCCUUUUCACCGCGCUGUACCGUUUGAAGCUACGCUUCAGCUCUUCCUGCUUGCCCUCCUGCUGCUGGCCCACCUGCUCCUGCCGCUCUCAACCGCCCUCCGCCCGCCCUGCAUCACCUGCCGCCACACCGACAUUGUGGAGCGGGCAGCGCGGGCACGGCGCGUGGCAGCACUGGAGAGGCAAGUGGCAGCGCUGCAGGGCCAAGUGGCGGCACUGGAGGGCGAGGUGCGGCAGGAGCGAGAGGCGGCGCGGGCGGCAGGGGAGGCGGUGCGGGGGUUGGUGGAGGCGAAGGUGCAAUUCAUGGCGAACAUGAGCCAUGAGAUCCGCACGCCCAUCCACGGCAUCCUCGGCAUGACCGACCUCGCCCUCGACUCCCCCCUCCCCCCUGACGCCCGCGACCACCUCGAGACCGUGCUGCAGUCCGCCAACCACCUGCUGCUGGUGGUGAACGACAUUCUGGACAUCACCAAACUCGAGGCCGGCCGCCUGCAGCUGGACUCCGCCCUCUUUGACCUGCGCGCCCUCGUCAACGGCAUCAUGACAAUGCUUGCCGCCCGCGCCGCCCUCAAGGGCCUGGCGUUCCAGUGGGAGGUGGAUGCUGCCGUGCCGCCCCUGCUGCUGGGAGAUGCCGUGCGCCUCCGACAGUGCCUGGUGAAUUUAGUGGGGAACGCCAUCAAGUUCACGGACCAGGGCAAGGUGCACAUCACUGUGCAUCCCUUCUCCCCUUCCCUCCUCUCACCCACCCUCUCCCUCGUACCACUUCCCUCCUCCUACUCCUCUCCUUCCUCCUCCACCAUGUUUCCUCCACAACCUCUCACGCCCUCCCACCUGUCGACCUGCAACUCUACCACCGCCACCGCCACCACCACCACCACCACCACCACGCCCUCUUCCUCUGCUGCCUCUGCCUGUGCCACCGCCCCACCCCCCUCGCCCUCUGCCCCUGCUGCCCCUGAUGGCCCUUCUGCUGCGCUCGGCGACGCGGAUAAUGGGGGCAAUGGGGGCGAUGGGCCCAGUGGGAGGGGGUCAGAGGGAGCAGCAGCGCCAGGGGGAGAGGGAGUGGCGCUGCUCUUCACCAUCACUGACACGGGCGUUGGCAUAGCGAGGGGCGAGCAGAGGCGCAUCUUCCAUGCGUUUGAGCAGGCGGACUCGUCCAUGUCGCGCCAGCACGGCGGCACCGGGCUCGGCCUCUCCAUCACCUCCAG